CAAAAGUGAGUGAAAUAGAACAGUUUCGUAUUCAAUUUUGGGGGGGGGGGGGAACGGCAAUGGAUCAAAACAUACGAGUUUGUAAUAAGCUGCAUUCGUAAAUUGGGCCCAAACCACGAAUAAGGCGUGCUUGCACAGCCCAGGUUUAGUCCUUAUAACUCCAACAGAUCAAUAAAACCCUAGCGAUAUCGUCCCUUCCGAAUCUUGGUCGAGCUCGUCUGCUCCAUUAAACAGACGAAAAUGCCUUUCAAGAGGUAUGUGGAGAUCGGGAGGGUCGCUAUCCUCAACUACGGCAAGGACUAUGGAAAGCUCGUCGUCAUCGUAGACGUUAUUGAUCAGAACAGGGCCCUCAUUGACGCGCCUGACAUGGUUAGAAGCCAGAUGAACUUCAAGAGGCUUUCACUUACAGAUAUAAAAAUUGACAUAAAAAGGGUCCCAAAAAAGAAGACUUUGAUUGCCGCCUUUGAAGCUGCUGAUGUCAAGAAUAAAUGGGAGAAGAGCUCGUGGGGAAGGAAGUUGAUUGUGCAGAAGAGGAGAGCAGCUCUGAAUGAUUUUGACAGGUUUAAGAUCAUGCUGGCAAAAAUCAAGAAGGCUGGAAUUGUGAGACAGGAGCUCUCAAAGCUUAAGAAGGAAAGCACAGUCUAAGAGUCAUUUUAGUUAUUGAUUGCUGUUUUUUUAGUUCAUAAUCCUCUCGUACCAAAAAGACUAAAUUUGUCUCCAUCUUUCAUGAAAUUUUGUUUUCGACAAUGCUGUGGAUUGUGAGAUCAUACAAAGGGUUUGAUGUACCACAAUUUUGGUAAAACAAUUUUGUAUACUAUUAACAAAUACGGCAUUCCAGCAGGUGAAUGGUUUGGAGUUUAUUUUAGGUGGAACUUAUAUGUAUGUACUCCGUAUAUUUUAAUUCACCAAAUCGGUGGGUAAUGUUGUAUUUCUAGGUUGAAUAAUAAAAACUCAAUUGCUUAGGAAUCUAAGCAGGAAUAAUACUCUGUAUUAUGUUUACACGGAGUUUUGGUCAUGACUCGUCUGCAAAUUCUUGGCCAAUAAAUAAAUUUAUAAUAGAAAAUUAGAAACAAGUCAUACGGAAUAAUUAUGUAACAAUCCAUUUCUGUUAUGGAAUUUUUGAAACGUAACAGAAUAACGUUGAGCCUAUUUUGGAGUGCAAUUGUGCAAACAGGUUUGAUGGUGUUUUAAAAGCUAAA